CAUUCCGGAGAUCCCUGUCAGGAAGGUUUGCUCAAUCGGGCCGAUUGCAAAACAGAGAUGGCGGCACUCGAAUUCUAGCGGUUAGAAUUCGGUACAUUUUCGGUUCGAUUUCCAUCCGUCUGCUCGAUUGCUCGAAAUCUAAACGGUAUGUUUUUUUUUGCAAAGCGCAUCGGCUGUACGAAAACGAACCAACGAGAAAACUGUCAUGUCGGUCUGGUUUCGUCGCAAUGCGAAUCAUUACAAUACUGGUAAUAAAUGGAAAAUUAGAGUUUUCUUUAUCAGUUUUUGUUAUAUUAUUGUUUGCUGAGGGCGAAAAGUCUAUCAGCUGGUAUCAACGGGUCACUUUAUGAAGUUUAUAGUUCGUAAGCCGAAAUGAAAUAUUCGAAUGGGUAAGUCGAAGCCGCCAUUUGCGCUUUUCAUUAUUUUAAAUUAAAAUCGCGAAAAUCGCAUUUGAUUAAAUAUUUACAUUGCUCCUUCUCACAUUUCGCGUUAACGUUGGAUGAGUCAUCAUUCAUUGGAACGGCUCAACAAGCACCCAACGUACCACCGGUAACCGGUCGCUCACUCCGUUAUCAAACAGCAACAGGCAGCCAAACAGCAAAACCAGCCGUUAUUUCCGAUGACGACGCUGCCGCCAAUGCUAGCAUUGGGGCCAACAAAUCCCAGAAAAAAAGGACGGAGGAACUGGACCUGCAGAUGGACCAAACAAUACAUCUACUCCGAAUCAAAUUCCGCCGCACCCUCAGGCAUUAUCUCCCGGGUAAUUUUGCCCGAAUCGGAUUAAGAAAAAUUUGAGAAAUCUGGCAUCGAGCAGUCCAGAUGUUGUAAGUCUGGGUUUAUUUUUUUGUUUAGGAAGAUACUAAUUUUUUUAACUUUAAUGUAAUUCUUUCUGCUUCUUGAAGGUUAGUUACCAAAAAUUCAAGGGGUUUUCGGUUUCCCUGGAAGGGGAAGCAGUUGUAUCGAGAAUUGCUGCAAGUGUUGAAUAGUUCAGACGGAAGUUUUCGCCGCUUUGUCCAUCUGCUGUAAGAAAAGUGCUUCCGGACUUGUGACCUCUGAAAUAAGAUGCCCGAAACAAUCAAAUUACAUGAGGCGUUGGAGAAGGUAAAUCACUGGCUUGUGGCCAAUUUGCACGAAAGGCAAAAUGUUAUCAUGGUGAUCUUCAUCUUGUGAAAGCAGUAACCCGAUCCUUGGAAGGUAUGAUAUUCUGAUUACACAAGCUAUCAGUUUUCUUUUAAUUAAAGAUAAACAUGUUAUUUCUAGGUCGAAGCUUCGAUGGAAAAAUUAAUCACCAACGCUGCUUAGAUUGUUUCCAUAUAAGCCAAAAUGCGCUCCGAUAAUAAAUCAACUCCGGAAGCGACUGCUGUUUUCGGUAAAGCUUGCAAACGGUUUUGCUUCGAUUAACUAAUGUCCAUGAAAGCCAUUCGGUUAAAGAGGAGUGCUAAAAAAAGUACCUACCUAACAGUUUAAAAUUAGACCCAUAGUAAAGCGACAAACCGGGAUCAGCAGAGAAAGGAAUGAAACCUAGGACCCCUAAGCGGUAGAUGUUUGAAUCAACUUCGGAAAAAUUAGAACGGUAAAAUCUCUGUUCAUGUCCCUGGGAGGGGACAUCCUCAACUACUACAGUUCCUUUAAGAAAGUAUCUACGGGCGGUUCUUUAAGGAGAAUUUCUUCCUUUGCAUGAAGAUAAAUAAGUGCAAAUCAGACCAAAGAUUUUUCAUCACCUGUGGCGAAUGCCCCCUUCUGAACGAUACCAAUGUGGGCGUUGGCUAUGAGAUUCGCGAGAUGCCGGUUAUUGGAUGUUUUGGCAGCAAAAAUUUAUAUUAGAGACUUCAACCGGAGAUUGUUUACCGUCCUUUCCGAAAAACUACAACGGAAAUGCUCUCUCACUUGGAAGCAUGGAACUGUUCCAAGCGGCAGGAAAUCAGUACCGCACCCAAAUUAUAUUGCCGAGCAGAACGAUACUUUCAUUUUUUUUAACUACUUGUAGUUAAUACAAAGAUCGCACUCUUCUGGAGCAAUUCCAGCGGAUCAAUUGUCUGGACUCAAGUUAAACUACUUGACGGUGGUUCUGUUUGCCUGCAACCUCUGACCUGAAUUCGGAUAAUAUGAGCGUAUUGUUUCGGCGCGGUGAGGCUGGAAUCGGCUGGAGAACUACGAGCUGGCCAUCGACGAUUUGCACCGGGCUCAAGACCAGAUGGUAUGUCGGACAAUCAGCAUUAGGAUUCGUAAUUAAAUUUUGCAGAACAAGGAAAAGCGUGAAUCGAAGGAAAACGCAGCCGAAGCUAAUAAACUAGGCACCAAAAAAACUUUCGGCGGAGGUGCUAAACAAAUGGUGGAUGCAAACGUUCAGAAGAUCAUGGAUAAAGGAUUUUCGGAAGAUCAAGUAAAUCAUGCUUUGAAGUUAACUAGAAACAAGGUCAAUCGAGCGUUAAGCAAUCUCCAAUAAAUAGAAGAGAGGAAGCAGGUCCAGAAUGACAUUCGUACCGGAAGAACGAAACCACCCGUUAAACCACGCAAACGCGAUUCUGAGUCAGAAUAAUCGGCUAAAGUUUCACUGUUUGAUUUCCUGGAAGAUAUCCUGCCAUGAUAUAUAUGAAGAUAUAUGAUGCCACUAAAUAAAAGAGUUCGAGUAAAGAAUCUACACCUUUCAAUAAAUCAUUGGCUAAUGAAGGCUAUGGUGAUUCAAAUGCAAAUACAAUCAAUAGGACAUCUCAUUCUGCCAGCAAUAAUAAUGUUAGCCAAUACCCGUCGAGCUCAACCUCGCAUUACAAUAAUUCAAGUAAAGGAUAUCAACAGCAACGUUUUGAAAAUAAUAUCUCUAACAGUUUUGCAAACAGGAAUGUCAACCCUACGAAUAAUGGUCAUCCACAUCAUCAACAGCCCUAAUCUCACAACACGAACGCCAAUUCUUCUACUGGUUACAAACAGUCGUCCGACUACAAUACCCCAAGGAAAAUUUAAUUCUUCUUCACAUGGCGAUGGUGGAAAAGGUCAGCAAUCAGGUUAUUAUUACGGUCACGCGGAAAACCGAACCUCCCAAAACUGCAACGGUCAAGCUGAUUCGAGAAAAAAUACAAAUGUCUCGAACUCGACCCAUUUCUCUCAGCAGCAGCAGCAGCACAAUUCGCAACGCGGUCCCUCUCAUAACACGAGCUACGCCACCAGUUCUGGUAAACCGAUUCAAGGUCAACACCAGAAUUCGCACCCCAGCAUUUAUUCCAACCACUAUGCACCGCAAAAUGCAACGGGCAACGGCUCAGUGGUUAUAAUAACUCUAACACUGGUCCUAGUUCCAAGAACCAAAAAACCCAAUAUACUCCAAAGAGGAAGCCCAAUAUUUUUCACAACCUGUCAAUUCUACGCCACCACCGCAGCAGGGAAGGAAACCACCUCCACCCAAGUGCUCCCUGCGAAAUGCAGAAUCUUCGCUGUUUGUAUAAAAGGUUUAAAGUUGUUUCUUGGCCUACUGCCCACCGCCAAAUAGAACAACAAGAACGUCAAUGGCUGAAAUGAUCAGGUGCCUUAUGAUAUUCCGGUCGCAAGAUGUCAUGCUUAUCAGACAACACAUUUCUGGCUUGGGACAAACUUGGGAUUUUUUUUCGGUUUGUCAAAAUGUAUCAUUUGUCAUUCGUAGAGUAAGGCCGGCAUUAAAAGAAUUUAAAGGAUGUUCCGACCAUGCCAACCCAAGCACAAACAACACUCAGCCUCGACAAUCUGGUGGUAUAGUCACACACCACGACGAUGUAGUCACCCGAUUGAAAAACGUCCAACUGAUAGAACUGGGCAAGUAUCGCAUCAAACCUGGGCAUUAAUAGAAUUCCUACAUAAAAAGCUAGGUUUUGUGAAAUGAGAAAAAAAAAAACAAAACAACAAUGUAUCAUUGAAUUCAAAAUUAAAUUUUUUCAAUAAAUGUUCACAAAGCAAUGGUUUUCUUUUUUUUUAAUUCAUUCGAAACCUUG